AUGAACUUUAUCCUAGAUCCCACAGUCGCGGGAAUAUCUGCGCUGCUCUCUAGCGGUUACAACUCGCAGAAGCCAAAUGGCGACCGAAUUGAAGCAGAGCAAACGGGGGGAGCGAACUACACGGUUUACAAUAUUCCAGCAUCAUGUUUCGAAAGCUUGGGUAUUCCCACUACCGAGGUUAGCAAGGUAGCACCUACGGACCCAGAUCAAGAUUUCUAUUUCUCGGAGUCUGCAAAGGGCGUCCCUGGGUCAACAGUCUCAUUCGUAUAUGAGAUGAAAGGACCAAGCCUUCUGGAAAAACUGCAAAGGGCUGUUGACCUGCUGUCCAUUAAAAAUCCUGCUCUUCGCAGCACCUUUAUCCAAGUCGAGGACACCUACUAUCAGGUCCUGUUGAAAACGGGGAAUACCAAAAUUGUGCAUCAUUCAGAGGAUAUUAAGGAGUUCUUGACACAUUCAGUCAAGAGAAUUGUCCAUCCUGGCGAUUCAGUGACGCAGUACGCUUUGGUUCAGAAUCAUGGGAAGACAUUCUUUGUCUUCUCCAUUCUACACUCCUUUUUUGACGCUUUCUCUCGGACUAUCCUAGAGCGUGAUCUUCUUGAUGCACUGAAGAGCCCUGAAUUAUUCUUAGAACAAGCUGAGCGUCUAUGGUACGGCGAUUUUGUCGCCCAUAAGCAGAAAACGCUCGAUAAGCAAGCAAACUCCGCCUUCUGGGCGACAUAUCUUGGAAAUGCCUGUCUCGAGACCUUUUAUGAAGGGAAACCAAAACAACGUCACACAUUCGACUCGUCCCUGCGUGAGACUUUGCCCAACACCUUAGUCCAAGGCCGUUCCAUACACAUCGCAACCGCUGUACUUACAGCAUGGUCACUGACACUAAUGAGCGAAUCGGGUCAGAGAGAUGUCGCAUUUGCUAUUGUCGCGCUGGGCCGCCUAUAUCCAUAUGAGGGGAUUGAGCGAACCAUCGGGCUUUUUGUCAGGGAUCGUAUCUUCCGCUUACGGGCUACCUCCGAUGAAGUUGACAUUGGAUCCCUUCGUGGCUCGGUACAAGAGGACCUCGUCUCAACUGGCACUCAGGAGCACGGCAAGGUCGCCGGAAUUUUACCGGGUAUUGAUGGAGCCCCAGUCGCUCAGUCCUACAUCAACGUCAAAGCGGGAGGCUCCAAGUUGGAAAAUCAAUCUAUUAAUGGUCUUGUUCUAACGCCACGGCGCGAUAUGGAACAUUGGACGUUCUCCACAAGAUAUGCGAUUUACAUAGAAAUGUGGGUGUCUGAUGAUGGGUACGUAUUUGAAAUGCGCUACCAAUCGACUCUAGUGCCACUGGCGAGAGCUCAACGACUUUUUGCGGCUUUCAUCAAGACUUUGAAGUUGGUUGUGGGCUCUGACGAUGGCAUGAAACUUGGGGAUUUUGUUCUAUAA